CGUAUCUCUUGCGAAUAGAAGUCUAUGUUCACGUCAGUGCAGUUGACAAUUAAACUUCGGCAAGUGCGGGCGUUACAUUUCUACAUUCAAGGAAAAGGAGGGAACACUAUACCACGGUUAUAUUUACAAAAUAACCGGUUCGAUAAAAACGUAAUAAGUGGAGAUAAGUUACAUUCAACGGGCAGAAUAAUGGUGGAUUACAGCAAAUGGAAUAAUAUCGAGAUCUCAGAUGAUGAAGAUGACACCCAUCCAAACAUCGAUACACCAUCACUAUUUAGAUGGCGUCAUCAAGCUAGGAUUGAAAGAAUGGAAGAACAAAAACGAGAACAAGAAGAACAUGAAAGGAAAAAAGCAGAAACAUUACAAAAAUUAAAAGACACAAAACAGAAAGUUGAAAAACUGGAAAAUGAACAAAAGGAUUGUGCUGAUUUGACUGCAUUGAAAAAGGUUUUACAAGAUCUUGAGGAGGAAGGGAAAAAAAUUAAAGCGAAAGAGGACGAAAUGAUAAAGAAGGAGAAAUUAACACCAUGGAAUGUAGAUACUAUUGGCCAAGAUGGUUUCACAAAGACUGUGAUUAAUACAAGGCCACCUCGUAGGGAAGAUGAUUCUGCCUUAUCAGAUGAAGAGAAAGAGAAGAGAAUGAAACAGUUUGUUAAGGAGCAUGAAAAACAAUUGAAAGAAUUUGGUAUGUUAAGAAAGUAUGAUGAUAGUAAGAAGUUCUUGACUGAGAAUCCUGAGUUGGUGUGUGAAAACACUGCGAACUAUUUAGUGAUUUGGUGUAUUAACUUGGAAAUGGAGGAAAAACACGAUUUAAUGGAACAUGUUGCCCAUCAGUGCAUAUGUAUGCAAUACAUUUUAGAACUAUCAAAGCAAUUGAGUGUCGAUCCAAGGGCGUGUGUGGGUUCUUUCUUUACUCGUAUUCAGAUUGCUGAAGUAGAAUAUAAAAAUUCCUUUGAUGAUGAACUUAGGGCAUUUAAAGAUAGAAUACGCAAGAGAGCUGCAGAAAAAGUAGUGGAUGCUCUUAAAGAAGCUGAAGAAGAAGAAAGAAACGCACGUCUUGGCCCUGGUGGUCUUGAUCCACUCGAAGUGUUUGAGACUCUUCCAGAGUCUCUACAAAAAUGUUUCGAAUCACGAGAUAUUCCUUUACUGCACGAAACAUUAGCGGCGAUGCCAAAAGCAGAAAUGUGUUAUCAUAUGAAACGGUGCGUUGAUAGUGGUCUUUGGAUACCUGAUGGAAAAGAUGCGGAAGGGGUAUUAAAUGACACACAAGAAACACCCGACCCCGAAUAACGUGAAUCUGUAAAUUAUACGUGUUGGCAUUCAUGACUCAUUUAUGCAAGUAUGUUUUAAUAUCAUGAAUAUGUUAAA